GACUCCUUUUGAGGACGUGCCAAUGGAACGGAGGCGGUGGAGGGGGAAGGAGAAGCGUGUUGCACCGAGCCGAAGUGGGCGAGGAUGGGCUUGAGAGGGCUUCCCGACCUUCUCCGGGCAGGUAGAAGAUGCUUUCUGCAGGUUCCAUUUGGUUCAUCUUCACUUCAACCUUUAUAUCUUCUACUGUGUCACAAGAAGUCAACAUAUGUCACACACCUGAAUUCUGCACCAGCAGCUGAGAAUUUUAAGGAGGCAAAACGUGCAAUAGAUGACUUGUAUUCUACCGAGCAGAAAUCUACUGUUUUGCAGCUACUAAAUUCAGCAUCCGAGAAAGAACUUAGUGCUGUGAAACUAAUGCGAGGAAGGAAGUCCAUGAACAUAAUAGAGUACAGGAACAAGCACGGGCCAUUUCGGAAUUUACAGUGUUUACUAGAAGUGCCUCUUUUUCAGUAUAAAACAGCUGUUAAAGUCUGCAACUUUAUUCUCAAUCCCAAUGCAAAAGAAGAAAGAAAAGAGAAAAAAACGCAGAGUGUCACGUCUGCAAUGAAAUAUAUCAAACCUGAUAUAGAAAGAGAGAGGCUGGAGACUGCCAAUAGCAUUGUGUCCAUUGUUUUUGGCACUCGCAAAAUUGCAUGGGCUCAUGUUAAUAGACACUUGGCUGUUCAGGAUUGGCAGCAGCAGGAGUGCACUAUGUUUAUGAAAGGUGCUUAUAUGCCAGCCGUCUAUUUUGAAGAGAUUUCUUCAGUAAUAUCCCAGCUUCCUGAAGCAGAUUUUUACGUCUUGGAAAAAAGCGGACUUUCUGCUCUGAAUGCUAAUUUGUUUCCAGUAACGUUACAUCUUCGUACAGUGGAAGCCAUGCUCUAUGCGUUGUUACAAAAAACAUUUUCGCAGGAUGGCCAGUACAAAGUAUUAAGUAUGGCCCGAAGCGCUGUAGGAAAGCACUUUGAGUUGAUGGUUGGGGACUCGCGAACUAGUGGAAUAGACCUUGUGAAACAGCUUCUCUUAGAAUCUGUUACGCACGCUGAGCCCCGUGUGAACUUUUCAAGAGAGCAGGUAGUAAAUUAUCGAAACGUAUUGUCAUCAAACAAACAGUGGAGAGACGAAGAGCUGUGUGAUUCCUUGCUGCAGGCAGUAGCUUUUUAUGAGCUACUAAUACUGAACAAUAUGACUUAGUUCUUAUCUUAUUCAGUUUUGUUAUUUGCUGCCAUGGAUGAUCUGUACAAUAAGUUCCAACUGAUUCACUGUAUAUGGGGCACUGGACAGCAUUUGAUAGGAAAACAGCAUUUAAUUCCUCCUGAGAUAUUAAACUUAAUAAAAUGUGUAGAAACACUUUAUGUCAGGAUUGUUGAUAGUAACAUGAGGUUUUUUUUAGGUUAGGGUUGACUGAAAAAAAGUGGAAGAACAUAAAACAGGAUCAUUUUAACCAUGGUUAGUAACAGCAUGAAUUAAGUGAAUUAAAACUAGACAUGGGGAACCUCUAAGCCCUCCAGCUGUUCAUCAGUCACAGCCAACACAGCUAAUGCUCAGGAAUGGUGGGAGUUGUCCUAAAACACAUGCAGGGGAGCAGGUUCCCCAUCUGUAACCUAAACCUAGUUGUUAUAUUUACAUGAGACUUGCCUCAAAGCCAGGGUUAGCUAAUGUAGCGUGUUCUAGAUAUUGUUGGCCUCUCAACUCCCAUCAGCCCUGGUGAGCAUGGCCAAUGGUCAGGCAUGAUGGGAGUUAUCAUUGAGCAAUAUCUAAAGGGCACGCAG